CGUUCCGUCAGUGUUUUCAGAUACCAAGGAGACAAAGGCUGCUCCGGGCGCUUUCGACUUUCAGAAUUGCAGGCGGCAGCAGCGAAGGAUGAGCAGAACUCUAGGAAAGGUGCUAUAUCUGCAAAAUGAUACCAUUUUUAAACAAGCCUUUUCCCUCUUAAGAAUUUCAGGAGACAGUCCCAUCUGUUCUGUAGGUGGGAUUCUACUGAGUACCAGUCGGCAAUAUAGGUCAAAACCCACUCAUGGCAUUGGAAGAUAUAAGCACCUAAUUAAGGAACAAGAGCCCAAGAAGAAGAGGGGAAAAGUGGAAGUGAGACCCAUUAAUUUGGGGACCGAUUAUGAAUAUGGAGUUCUAAAUGUUCACCUGACUGCAUAUGACAUGGCCUUGGCAGAGAGUUAUGCCCAGUAUGUUCACAACCUCUGCAACCAUCUCUCCAUUAAAGUUGAGGAAAGUUAUGCUAUGCCCACGAAAACCAUGGAGGUGUUGCGACUCCAGGACCAAGGCAACAAAAUGUUCGUGGACUCAAUUCUUACCACUCAUGAGCGAGUAAUUCAGAUAAGUGGUUUGAGUGCUACAUUUGCAGAGAUUUUCUUGGAAAUAAUCCACAGCAAUCUUCCUGAAGGUGUCAGAUUGUCAGUGAAGGAGCACACUGAAGAAGACUUCAAAGGAAGGUUCAAAGCUCGGCCAGAAUUGGAAGAACUGUUGUCUAAGCUGAACUAGCUCAUUGCAAGUCUUUUCACAAUAGCACUGGUGAUACUGAGUGCCAAGGGGAAGUUUCUUGGCUGGUCAAAGUUAAGCAGGAGACUCAUACUCAUCCCCACAUCCUAGAAUGACCCCUCUCUUUUGUGAAGGAAUACCUGCCAAUUGUCACACUUUCUUUUGAAACAGCCCUACGUAUCCUCCAUCUAAUUAAAAAUGUGCUGAUGAUGGGGUGUGUUUGUGAGAAAUCGCCUGUGGAAUAUCUUUAUCCAGUAGAUUGUUUUCUCUUUACUUGGUGCUUUGACACAAAAACCUUUUCCCCCUCAGUAUUUCUCCAAUUAUGAUGAAGUCAUCCCUUAAAGCAAUAUGGUACAUAGUCAUUUAGUGAAGGGUUAUAACAUAAAUAAAUUUUAUGGGUUGAAGGCUUGGGAGUGUAUGUGGAAAUCUUUAUUUAUGAAGAAACUCUAGAUAAAAUAAGGGUCUGGCCAUGGGUAGUUGGUGGUGCCCUGUAGCUAUUUCUAGAGGGGUCUUAGGUGCUGAGGUUUUACCACACCAACCAGCAAGUCCCAGAUUCCAGCUUGGGGUGUGAGAAAUUCAACUCAAAUUCUGACUGUAUACCUGGAGUUUGUGUUGGAUUCCACAGGUUAAAGGCUCAGUCUCCUAAGACUGUGCAACUCCUGCUUCCAACCCACCAACCAGCUAUGGACCAGAGGUCACCAUGGUGCCCAGGUGUCCGACUUCAGGUGUCUGUCCCAAGCCCCAGAUUAUUGCCUGUGCUUAUGACGAAAAUACAUCAGAGUCCCAGGAUAUCCACCUCACAUUCACUGAAUUUGCUAGAUGGACACACUGAACUCAGGAAACCCAUUUACUUAUCCCUGAUUUAUUAUAAAAGUUAGUAACUGAAAAAUACAAAUUUAAAAUGUAAGAGAUGCAAGGCAAGAGAUGCUGGGGAAAAGGCAUCUUCGUGUGUUCAGCAACCUGAUAGUUCUUUGAAGCCACUUUUUUCUGAUCUUUUAUGGAGGCUUCGCUACAUAGGCACGAAUGAUGGAAUCAUUAGUCAUAGGUAAUUGAACUCCACUUCUAACCCCUCUUUCCUCUCAGGAAAUCAGAGUGGAUUGAAAGUCCCUUGUCUGUUCCUUGGUUUCCCAGGCAUCUAGCUCCUCUCUCCUUUUGGUGUUUUCCAAAAGUUACCUUCUUUAACCUAACAAGAGACCUUUAGAAGUCAACUCUUAAGACCUUAUAAGAGAAGCUCUGUGAACUAAAUCCUAAAUGCCUUUGUAUUCUGAAAUUUAUUGAGGUGAGAUUCCCAUACAACAAAAUUAACCAUUUUAAAGCAAAAAAUUCAGUGGUAUUUAAUACAUUGAUAAUGCUGUACAACUAUUACAACUGUUACUCACCUGAGAGCUCUAGAUGUAGUUGUAUUUAGCAAGACUUUAGAGACUCCUGCGUGAGGGUACCAGUGCAGGACGGCAGAAUUAGCCUGGUUUUGCAAAAGGAUUUAGGAGAUAUUUAAAGGGUAGAUCCACAAGGCAGGGUGGAGGAGAGCCAUUUAUUCUAGGUUGAGCUAUGCCAGGAGUUACACUCUUGACCUUCUCCCACAGAAGUUGUAGAUAAUCAUUAGUCCAGGUUAGUACCUUAUGGUCAGUUGGUGAGCCAAAAUGAACAGGGCUUACCAGUCCAUGAUUUAGUUCACCUGUUCAAACAGUCUGGGCCAAUUCAUCCUACUGGCUCACAAUGUCUUUUACCCAAGCUAGCUCACAACUACCACCUCCUUUUGGUUCUACAAUCACAUGCCUGUGAUUAUAAAUAAAGGCUUAUUAGAACAGAGCCAUGCUCCUUCUCUUAUGUUAUGACUGUGACUGGGCCUUCCCUGGUGGUGCAGUGGGUUAAAGUGUAGCACU